GUGAUCUCAUGAGGCUCAUGAGAAAAGAUCAAGAGCUUCAUGAGGCAAGAUCAGGAGGCUCAUGAGAAAAUUCAGGGUCGAGGCUCAUGAGAAAAGAUGGAGACUUGUCAUUCAUGGUGGAGUAGAUGGAUACUCAAGACUUCCUGUUUACCUGCACUGUUCAAGUGACAAUUGUGCAGACACAGUCUUGAGGCUGUUCCAGGAAGGUGUCACUAAGUAUGGCCUGCCAUCUCGCAUUCGUAUUGAUAAGGGUGGUGAAAAUGUUGAUGUUGCUAUGUAUCUCCUUAUGCAUCCACUCCGUGGCCCUGGAAGAAGUACACUUAUUGUAGGGAAGAGUGUGCACAAUCAAAGGAUUGAACGUAUGUGGAGAGAUGUGUAUGAAGGAGUUGUCUAUUUCUACCAUAGUCUAUUUUAUCACCUGGAAUCUAUUGGUAUGCUUGAUCCUAGCAAUGAACUCGACCUUUUCUGCCUCCACUUUGUUUAUAUUUCGCGUAUUAACUCUCACUUGACAUCCUGGCAAAAGGCAUGGAUUAAACAUCCCAUGAGAUCUGAGCACAACCUUACUCCAGAGCAGCUGUGGACAAUGGGUUUGCAAAGAAUUGCCACUUCUAAUAAUCACAUUGCAAGUGAAGUCUUUGAGGAUGGAGAUCAGCAAUUUGGUAUUGACUGGGGAGGACCUGUGUCUCAUGAAGACACUUAUGAAGUGGUUCACGUGCCUGAGACGCCUACUCCUCUUAGCAUUACUGAUAUAGAAGAACUUCAAGCAACUGUUUCACCUCUGGAACCUAGUAUACAUUAUGGUAUAGAUUUGUAUGAAAGGGCAUUACUAUUUGUAUCUCAGAAAGUUGGUUGUGUAGUUUAGAAUGUUGCAUAUUAUUUGUUGUUGCCUGUGUUUUAUAAACCAAGAUAUGAAUGUUACAAAUGGCACUGUACAAUAAAUUUUAUGA